AAUUUCAGGUUGGUGGAUUUCUGCAAUGCAGUGUUCCACACAAGAAGACUAGGAGCUUUCUCUUUCUCUUUCUAGUCUUCUUUGGUCUUCUUGGUUCCACACACACAGUUCCACAUAUUGGUAAAUUCAGCUCCGAGUGUCAUCAUAAAAUCAUUAAAUUUUUAAUAUCAACAAAUUAACAUGGCAGGAGUGAGGAUGAAGGCUGUCAAGUGUCCAACUGACGAGUUGAGUUUGACAAAUUGUGCUGUUCUUAAUCCUAAUGAUUUUCCUGAAAAUGUCAAACAUAUUGAAGUGACAACUGGACCAAAUCAACAUUUUGUUUUUACUGUCAAGACAACUCAGGAAGUUCGUUCUGGAACUGCUGGUUUUAGUUUACCACAAAGAAAAUGGGCUUCAUUAUCACUUAAUCAAGAUAUUGAUGUUCGUCCUUAUUAUUUUGAUCCAACUUCAAGCUCUGAAUUUCUUUGUACAAUUGUUUUGGAAGCUGAUUUUCUUCAAAAAACAAAAACAUCAUUAGAGCCAUAUGAUACUGAACAAAUGGCCAAAGAUUUUCUUCUUCAAUUUUCUGGUCAAGCAUUUACAGUUGGUCAACAGCUUGCAUUUCAAUUUGGUGAUAAAAAAAUGCUUGGUUUAGUUGUUAAAAGUUUAGAAGCAGCUGAUAUAUCAGCAAUAAAAUCUGGUCAAGAAUCAAAACCUAAAAAAACUAAAAUGGGUAGAUGUUUGGGUGAUACAACAAUACAAUUUGAAAAAGCUGAAAAUUCAUCACUUAAUUUAAUUGGUGCAGCUAAAGGUAAAGUUGUACGUCAAUCAAUAAUAAAUCCAGAUUGGGAUUUUGCUAAAAUGGGAAUUGGUGGUCUUGAUAAAGAAUUUAGUGCAAUAUUUCGUCGUGCAUUUGCAUCACGUGUAUUUCCACCAGAAGUUGUGCUACAACUUGGCUGUAAACAUGUUAAAGGUAUUCUACUUUAUGGACCACCAGGUACUGGUAAAACUUUAAUGGCACGUCAAAUUGGUACAAUGUUAAAUGCACGUGAGCCAAAAAUUGUCAAUGGACCACAAGUACUUGAUAAAUAUGUUGGUGAAAGUGAAGCAAAUAUACGUCGUUUAUUUGCUGAUGCUGAAGAAGAAGAAAAAAAAUUAGGUCCAAAUUCUGGAUUACAUAUUAUUAUAUUUGAUGAAAUUGAUGCAAUAUGUAAAUCACGUGGUAGUGUUGCUGGUGCAACUGGUGUACAUGAUACUGUUGUUAAUCAAUUAUUAGCUAAAAUUGAUGGUGUUGAACAAUUAAAUAAUAUAUUAGUUAUUGGUAUGACUAAUCGUAGAGAUAUGAUUGAUGAAGCAUUAUUACGUCCAGGACGUUUAGAAGUACAAAUGGAAAUAAGUUUACCAGAUGAAUUUGGAAGACAACAAAUAUUAAAUAUACAUACAUCACUUAUGCGUGAUCAUAAAAAAAUAGCAAAUGAUGUUGAUUUAAAAGAACUUGCUGUAUUAACUAAAAAUUUUAGUGGUGCUGAAUUAGAAGGUUUGGUACGUGCUGCACAAAGUACAGCAAUGAAUAAAUUAAUAAAAGCAGCAUCAAAAGUUGAAGUUGAUCCAUCAGCAAUGGAAAAAUUAUGUGUAUCACGUACUGAUUUUCUUCAUGCAUUAGAAAAUGAUAUUAAACCAGCAUUUGGUACUGCUGGUGAUAUACUUGAUCAUUUAUUAGCACGUGGUGUUAUUAAUUGGGGUAGACCAGUUGCUGAAAUUUUGGCUGAUGGUAAUUUAUAUAUACAAGAAGCUAAAGCAAGUGAAGGUUUUGGUUUAGUAUCAGUAUUACUUGAAGGACCACCAAAUAGUGGUAAAACAGCAUUAGCUGCACAAAUUGCGAAAAAUUCAGAUUUUCCAUUUGUCAAAGUAUGCAGUCCAGAGGAUAUGGUUGGUCAUUCGGAAAAUGCAAAAUGUUUAUCAAUAAGAAAAGUAUUUGAUGAUGCAUACAGAUCACAAUAUAGUUGUGUACUUGUUGAUAAUAUUGAACGGCUCAUUGAUUAUGGUCCAAUUGGACCAAGAUAUUCAAAUUUAACACUACAAGCAUUAUUGGUAUUAUUAAAAAAACAACCACCAAAAGGUAAAAAAUUAUUGGUCAUUUGUACAACAAGUAGACGACAAGUAUUGGAUGAUAUGGAAUUAUUAUCAGCAUUUAGUCAUAUUUUACAUGUACCAAAUUGUUCAACACCAGAUCAUCUUCUUGCUGUACUUGAAGAAGUUGAUUUAUUUACUAAAGAUGAAAUGUCAUCACUUCAUGCACGUUUACAGGGUAAAAGAAUAUUUAUUGGUAUUAAAAAAUUAUUGGGAUUAAUUGAUAUGGCAAGACAAGUUGAGGGUGGUUAUCGUAUUCCAAAAUUCUUAUCAAAACUUGAGGAAGAAGGUGGUCUUGAGUAACUGGUGUAUUAUAUUAUCAAAGACAUCUGUACAAUUUAAAUGUCAAAAAUAAAUAUUUAAUUAAAAUAAAAUAAUUUAUAGUCAAUAAUAAAUUAUGGAAUGAUGUGGAGGAUCAGACAGUACACAGUGGAGGGUAAUUAAUAUUGUUGGAUUAUGAUUUUAUUAUUUUUCAAGACUAUCUAAAAAUACUGGUUAUUAAAUUGUCAUUUAAUUUAUUCCAGGCACAAAAUAUUUUUUAUUUAUUUUCAUGAAUUUUAAAAAAUUUGAUUUUAUUUUUGUUAAUUAAAUCAAUGAUUGUUAAUAAUUAUUAUAAUCAAAUUAUAUUUAUUAUCUCAAUUAAAGAAAAAUGAGAUUAUAAAACAAAAAAAAAUGUAAUAUUUUUGAAAUAUUAUCGUAAAUUCUUCAAGCGAUUAAAUGUGCCAUAGCUUCUUCGGUAAAUAAAUAUAAAAAUAAUAAUUUAAUUACUUGCUUGAUGACUAAUCAUCGAACUCUAUCAUUCCUCAAUGCACUUGAUUAAAAAAAAAAAGGACACAGUACUCAUUCCUUGAUGUUAAAAUGAAACAUUAAUUAUUUUAUUACCACGCAAAUGUUUUAUUGAGAGGAAAAAAAAGUAUAUUAAUUAGAACAAUGUUAGUUGACCAAUAUUUAUCAAAAGAUAAAUGCACUUAAUUAAAUUCUAUCAUAAUUAUUAAUGUGAAGUUAAGACACAAAGAAAAAAAAAAACUUCCUGGUGAAAAAAAUUAAAAAUCUAUAAAUAAUUAAUUAUAAAAGUUGUUAAUUAACACAAAGUAAUUUGCAAAAUUUAAUUUAUUUUUUUGAAAAAAUAAAAAGCAAUAAUUGUUAAUUAUAGAAAUAUUUAAAAAAUCAUUCCAAACAAUCAGUGAGCCUAAUAGAUUUUUUAAUUUAAAAAAAAAUAAAAAAAAUAAUUCCUCUUGUGUUAGAUUUAUGAUAGAAAUUUUGUAGAAAUUAAAAUCAAUAAUAAUGAUAAUUGUAAUCAAUAUUGAUUAGUUGCAACUAAAAAAAAUUGCAAUGUAAUUUAAAAAAAAAAAAUGAAAAACACAAAUGAAGUGGAAAUAAUAAUUUUAUUAAUUUCAUUUGAGAAAAAAUAUAAUAAUUAUUUGAAAAAUAUUAAAUAUAUAUAUUAUCAAUGUGAGUGAAGUAAUUGUGUUUAAAUUGUAUCUAGUGCUAUUGUCUCUGUGUAUAAAUAAAAAUUUAUUUGGUUGGAUCAAAUUGUUUCGUUUUGAAAGCAUAAUAAUUAAACAAGUCGAAAUUAUUUUCACAUAUUUUUUCAUAUAUUUUUUCGAAUUUUAUAUCAUCAUUCACUACAGACUAAUAAUAAAUAUGUUUAUGCUUAUUUAAUUCAUAAAUCAUAUAUUCACACAGGCUCCCACAAACUUUCAGGCCAUUGUUUUUUUUUUAAUUUAUUACGUUUUAGCUUCGUUUUCUCUUUUUUUUUAUUUUCUACAUUAUUUUUUUUCUUAUUAGUUUUUUCAUUUUUUUAUUUUUUUUUAAAAAAGUUAACAAAAAAACGAGGAUAUUUCACAUGAAUCCCCGAACUUUAUAAACUCUUUUUACAUAUCUUUACAUUAUUUAUUUUAUUUUUCAUUCAAAACCAGUCUUCUUUUCCAAGAAAAUCUCAGUAUUCAAAUAAUUUUGUUUUAAAAUGAUUAAAUACAUUCUAAAAGUUUAUUCUUUGUAAAAGUUUGAUAUAUCUAUUAUUUAUU